GCCGCUGCGGCUCGCGCCCCGGGCCCGCGCCUCUGCCUCCGCGCAACCAUGGAGCGCCCCGCUGCGGGAGAAAUAGAUGCCAGUAAGUGUGAACAUAUAUUAAGAGAAGAGGAAGAGGCAGGGACACUAGAAAACAGCCCUGUAGGUUCUCUGGCAGACAUGCCGUUUGCUGCUGUAGAUAUUCAAGAUGACGGUGGAGUCCCUGAUGUACCUCAAGGAAACCCAAAGAGAAGCAAAGAAAAUAGAGGCGACAGGAAUGAUCACGUGAAGAAGAGGAAGAAGGCCAAAAAAGAUUAUCAGCCCAACUAUUUCCUGUCCAUUCCAAUCACCAACAAAAAGAUUACAGCUGGAGUUAAAGUCUUGCAAAAUUCAAUACUCCGACAAGAUAAGCGACUGGCCAAAGCCAUGGUUGGCGACGGCUCCCUUCAUAUUACCUUGCUAGUGAUGCAGUUGUUAAGCGAAGAUGAAGUGAACACCGGUACCCAUGCGCUUUUGGAGUUGAAGCCCUUUGUUGAGGAGAUCCUUGAAGGGAGGCGCUUGACUUUGCCCUUCCACGGGAUUGACACUUUCCAAGGUCAGGUUGGCUUUGUGAAGCUGGCAGACGGAGAUCACGUCAGUGCACUCCUGGAGAUAGCAGAGACUGCAAAAAGAACAUUUCAGGAAAAAGGCAUCCUGGCUGGAGAAAGCAGAACUUUUAGGCCUCACCUGACCUUUAUGAAGCUGUCUAAAGCGCCAAUGCUCUGGAAGAAGGGAGUGAGAAAAAUAGAGCCUGGAUUGUAUGAACAAUUUAUUGACCACAGAUUUGGAGAAGAGAUCCUGUACCAGAUAGACCUCUGCUCCAUGCUGAAGAAAAAACAGAGCAAUGGUUAUUACCACUGCGAGUCUUCCAUCGUGCUCGGUGAGAAGGACCGAAGGGAGCCUGAGGAUGCUGAACUGGUCAGGCUCAGUAAGAGGCUGGUGGAGAACGCCGUGCUCAAGGCUGUCCAGCAGUACCUAGACGAGACGCAGAGCAAAAAGCAGCCAGGGGAGGGGAACUUCACCAGAGCUGAGGAGGGAGAUCGGAAUGGUGAAGCUAGUGAUAACAACCGGAAGUGAGAGCUGAAUCCAGUCCGCUGCCCUUCUGCUAAGUCUCAGACUGAUUGCAGUGUGCUAGCGAAGUGUCUUGUUCAAGCCCUGGAGAUCACCUAAUACUUUUUAUGAAUGAUGCGUUCGGUGUUGCUACGACACAACGGAAAAGAAUGGGGUGCUGGGACCAGCAGAAGAAAUUAAUUCACAGAAGAACAACACUAAGACCACGUGCCGUCAAUCACGCACAAGGGAGAGUGGGCGCUUCAGAUGGCCUGCCCGACUCAAAAGGAGAGGACUUGCCACCAACGGAAAGCUGCCGUUUACAUUGCUUCCAUCCUUUGACUACUUUAUCAGAGGCCAAAACUCGCACACAGCUAUCAAGUACUAAGUUCAGUUUGUCACUGUUGAAAUGACCAUGAGUAUAGUGAGUCGCCAAUGUUUGCUGUUUGUCCCCCAUGUGCUGUUUGUUACCACACAGUGAUCUUUAUUUACAGUAAAUUAAGUUUUGUGUAAAUUAUAUAUUUUUGGCAAAAUGCAAUCUUUUCUAUGAAAUGUGGGUAAUGUCGUAACGGUUUCUAAGCCUUAUUUUGAUAAGUCAAUGUGCCAUACUUAAUAUAGUUCAUUGAUAUUUGUACUUUAAAUGUAUUAUAUAAUUUUCUCCCUUAGGCAAGAAGUCAGUUGGAACCCAAGACUUAAUUAAUGAAGCUUUGCACCGAGAAAGGAUGGCGCUGAAGUCCAAAGUGAAACAGAUCAAAGAACUUUUGUUAAAGCCUGAGACUCAGGCCAGAAUUAGAAAGGAGCUUUUUGAAGGAAGAGUUUUUAAUAACGGUAAUCCAAUAAGCAGUGCUGAUGUCAUCAUGGUUUGACCAUAGCUCUCCAGUGCUGUGAAGCACGGUAACAUGUUUAUGAACUCUCAGCCCAGUAAAUAAAUAGCUCUUUGGUGAGUAACCAAAGUGUUCUUACGGUUUCUACAAAGCCCGCAGACCAAUAUUUGGUAAGGAAUGAACAACUUCUUGCCAAAGAGAACAUAUUUUUGCCUUAUCAUGGUCACCAUCUUCACCGUCAUCGGCGUCAUCGCCAUAAAGUUGAGUUUUAGAAUGUUCAUUUUGGUAUCUUCGACUCAUUUUAUGGAAAUAACUUCUUAAUUAGCUGUUGUAAGAUAUUUCAUGAGUCCUUGCAGAUAAUAUUAUAUGUGUGCAUAUAUAUGCACAUACACUAUGAAAAAUCCUUUAUAGACAAAAACAACAAAAGAAAACCAACCACAGUAUUCUAAGGGUCACCUGCCUCCUGUUGAUGUGGCCCUUGUUACUUCAGAGGAAGCAUUGUCUGGGCUUGUCCAGCCUCAUGGUCCCUUUUCUGAGAGUUUGAAUGCCUAUUGAGUAUCAGUACUUGAACAAACAUUAGCAAGUGCAAUCAUUGCAGCCGUGGGUUAAGAAUGUUCUAUAAUAUACACAUUAUUAUUUUACACUGAUGAAAGUACAGUUUGGUCUUUUCUAGUUUCUUAGUGAACAAUGUUCAGGGUUCUUAUUCCCUACUCUCUGAGGAUGAGCCCAAGGCUGUGUUCUUCAAGAUUUGAGUAGUUUGCACUGGUUCAUUUGUAAACGAACAUUCUUUCAGUGUUUCCCCCCAUGUUAUGUUUAUUUGUAACAGCUCUUUGGGUAGUCACUUUAAAACUGCUGCUACUGAUAGAUGACGGGGAAGGAAGUGAUUAGAGAUUAAAUAUGUAGUCAUCUCACACACAGUCCAGUUUGCUUGUGGAUUUUGCCUAUUUUUUUCACUGGGUAAAUGAUACUACAUCAUGAAAUAUUCCUUUAUAUGUUCCUACAUUUCAUGCCCCGUAAUAAAGUAUUC